GUCUAAACCUAUGGCUCGUCUCUGAUGAAGAAGUGGCAGGAUCUUUAGAACAAGAAUCCUGAUACAAAGCAUGAGGCAUUGCAGAACGUCAUCUCCUGACGCCAUCUCCAGUUUCCUAGGGUCAAACAACAAGUGCUGUAGAACUUUGCUCCCAGUGUGGAAGUGCUGUGUGUCAGCUGUCAUGGAGCAGCAGGAGGAAGACACCACUGCGGUGAGAGACAAGCACAAAUUUUACGAGAGCAGCUUGAAAGAUUACCUGUGCAGCCAGCUACCAGGAUUCAGCUCUAAUGCAUCAGAGGGUCUGACAGUCAGACAGUACAGAUAUGGCCAAUCCAACCCCACAUUCUUACUGCAGAAAGGUUUAAAAAAAUAUGUUCUCAGAAAGAAACCUCAUGGACCACUUCUUCCCAGGGCACAUCAGGUUGAGCGUGAAUAUGAGGUUCAAAAGGCCUUGUUUGCGGCAGGCUUUCCAGUUCCUAAGCCCUUACUGUUCUGUCCAGAUACGACAGUGAUUGGAACUGAAUUCUAUGUGAUGGAACAUGUUCAGGGCCGGCUCUUCAGGGAUGUUACAUUACCAGAUGUCAGUCCUGCUGAGAGAUCUGCUUUGUAUAUUGCACUUACUGAAACUUUGGCUCAGCUCCACUCUUUUAAUAUACAUGCACUAAAUCUUACUGGUUAUGGGAAAGGCAAAGGAUACUGCCAGAGACAGGUAAAUACUUGGAAAAAGCAGUAUGAAAGGUCCGCCCAUACUGAUAUAUCAGCCAUGAAUAAUCUAGGGAACUGGCUAAAUUAUAAUUUGCCAAGAAAUGAUAAUGAAGAGUCAUUGGUCCAUGGAGAUUUCAGGAUUGAUAAUGUAAUCUUUCAUCCAAAAGAGGCCCGUGUGAUAGCUGUUCUAGACUGGGAAUUGUCUACCAUUGGGCAUCCCAUGACAGAUCUUGCUUACUUCACUUCCCUUUAUUAUUGGCCUAAAGAAGUCCAGUUCCUUGGACAUCCAAGUGAUAAAUCAUUCACUGAUGUAGAUGGAAUCCCUGCAUUUCAGGAUUUAAUGAGCAUUUACAGUCGUUGCCGAGGUGUCCCUUUACCAGUUCCCAACUGGAAUUUUUUCCUAGCACUUACAUUUUUUAAACUUGCAGGGAUAUUGCAGGGCGUCCAUGCUAGAUUUCUUAUUGGAAAUUCCAGCGGUGAAAACGCAAGUGUAUUUGCUGAGAUGGUUCAACCUCUGGCAGAGAAUGGGCUGAAGUUGGCAGAACAGCAAAACAACAUGAUUAGAGAUCGUUCUAGCAGUUCCCAGGAGCUGUUCAUACAGAGUCCCAAAGGACAGAAAGUCUUGAAGAAGGUGAAGCAGUUCAUGGAACAGCAUGUAUUCCCAGCCCAGCAGGAGGUUUUGGAUUAUUAUACUGCAAAUGAAAACUCACCACUACGAUGGAAAAAGCCUGAGGUCAUUGAAAAGUUAAAGGAAAUGGCAAAAGCAGAAGGGCUGUGGAAUUUGUUCCUCCCGGCCAUCAGCGGCUUAAACCAGACAGAUUAUGCAUUCAUUGCAGAGGAAACUGGGAAAUGUUUUUUUGCCCCAGAAGUUUUUAAUUGUCAGGCACCAGACUCCGGCAACAUGGAGGUCCUUCACAUGUAUGGUACUGAGGAACAGAAAGAAAAAUGGCUCAAGCCUCUGCUUUCUGGGCAAAUCCAGUCCUGUUUCUGCAUGACAGAACCUGAUGUGGCUUCUAGUGAUGCCACCAACAUGGAAUGCAGCAUUCAGAGGGAUAGAGACAGUUAUGUAAUCAAUGGGAAAAAGUGGUGGAGUAGUGGUGCUGGAAAUCAAAGCUGCCAAGUAGCGAUUGUAAUGGGAAAGACUGAAAACACAUUGGAUUCCAGAUACAAGCAGCAUAGUAUGAUUAUUGUACCUAUGGAGACAAAAGGUGUAGAAGUUGUGAGAGCCCUGAAAGUGUUUGGCUAUGAAGAUACUCAGCAUGGUGGGCACUUUGAGGUGCACUUCAGAAAUGUAAGAGUUCCAGUGUCUAAUUUAAUCUUGGGUGAAGGAAGAGGGUUUGAAAUUGCUCAGGGCCGUUUGGGCCCAGGUCGUAUUCACCACUGCAUGAGAACAAUUGGAGCAGCCGAGAGUGCCCUGCAGUUAAUGUGCGCAAGAGCUGCCCAGCGGCAAACCUUUGGGAAAAAGCUUUAUCAGCACGAGGUGGUCUUACACUGGAUUGCUGAAAGCCGCAUUGCUAUUGAACAAGCACGGUUACUCACACUAAGUGCAGCCAAAGCCAUAGACACGGUUGGGAGUGCUCGUGCUCGGAAACAGAUUGCUAUGAUUAAAGUUGUUGCUCCGAGGAUGGCGUGCAAGGUCGCAGAUCGUGCUAUCCAAGUGUUUGGUGGGGCUGGGGUUUCCCAAGAUUUUCCCCUGGCAUCCAUGUAUGCGACUAUUCGUACUCUACGUAUAGCAGACGGUCCUGAUGAAGUGCACCUUUCAGCCGUUGCAAAACUGGAAUUAUUGGAACAAUCCAAGAAGCUGUCUGCUAAAAUCUAACAUCUAGGGGUUAUGGCGGAAAAAAAAAAAUGAUUGAAAUAUGGAUGAAAUAAUAAUGUUUACUGGAUCCUUGCCCAUCCUUGGUGUGUGUUUGAAAAUCUUGCCCGUAGGAUCAAAGUGCAUUCUAGAUGUACUUGCACCAGAUAAAAAAUCCUGAUAGACACAGUGACAGCCCAGACCUUGCUCCCCAAACCAACUGUGCUCUCAUCCUCUCCAGGCAGCAGCACUUUAUAUAAUGUGGAGGUAGUGACAUCACAGCCUCAUCCUGUAAGAGUUUGGCCUAGUUUGCAGCAUUAAAGGGCAAUGUAGGACUGCAGGCUUGUGACAAAAAUCAAAGCUGUCCCACAUAUAGUGGUGACAGUUGUAAGCUGCAGAAAUAGAUUCAGCAUAUUCCAUUAACCCCAAACCUACCAGUAGAAUUCAUAUUAUUCUAUUAACCCCAGACACGAUACACAUACUGUAUGGGUGUGUUGCCAGUCAAUCUCAUUGCCUGCUGGGUAUCAUAGCUUUACAUUAAUCAUGGCAUCAGGCAAGAUAAAAAUCUAAAUUACCCAGCAUGCACCAUGUAUUUA